AUGUUUGGAAAUAAGGCGAAAGGAACCCGAGUCCACACACCUGUGGAGAUAUUUCUAUCAAACCAUGGUGCCAAAGUUCAGAAGAAGCUGCGAAAUGCAAUUGAUACCGGCAGCAUCACGACCAAAGGGGAGAAACUUAAUACCACGAGACAAUUGGCUCUAGAAGCUUACACAGCUGCCAGCCCUGAGGUCCAAGCGUCUUGCCUUGCUGCAGUGCAAGCAGAACAUGAUGCGAAGGCAAACACUGUGCUUAGGCUGAACUGUGCACCAGAAGAAAGAACAAACACAGAGCUAGCAAAGGCCCUUGAGGAGUGUACGGGUCCCAUCGCACAUUUUCUGCAGGCAAUCCAUGAGAUGAUGGGAUUCCAUUGGUCGAUUAUGGGUGCAGGACCUGACCCUCGCUAUAACGGCAACAUCAAUGUCACCAGUUUCCAUACUGGAGUCAAUGAACACGGUCAGAACUGGAUGCAAGCGACUCCCGAUUUCAAUGAACGACACCUUAAACCAUUUGCUGCCUUCAUCUCGCAUCUUUUUCUGGAAUCCACAAGGAAGACACGUGCACUCAGCUAUGUCCCCCCAACAUCCUCUCAAGAAGAUACAGUGCCACUUGCAGCCGAACAACUGGCUCAGCCAGGAAUCCAGCUCCCAUCACCUCCAGCUUCCGUUCACCCUGGUCAUCUCUCUGUCAACAAUGCAGUGUUACAGCCGGCAUCUACAUCUAUCCCAGAUGCCUUACUGCCAGACAUGCUACUAUCUUUCAACACUACAGACGACUUUGACAGUUCAUGUGGAAGUAGCCAUCACAUGGGGUUAUCGAGCUUCUCUAGUUCAUCCAGAGGUAGCAAUUACGUCCACUUACCAGCCUUUGACAUGUGCGAAGACAGAGUCGCCUCAACUUCAACCAGCUCUGGAUCCUAUCCAUCUGACUUGAUGUCAUCCUUGCGUCUUGAUGAUUAUCUCAGCUCACCAUUAUCGCCAAUGUUAUCGUGGAAUCAAGAUGCACAUUAUGGACAGAACUACUCUUUGCCACCUUUCAUCGCCUCUCCAAAAUUUAACUUCCCACUGCUUUCCGUCCCAGCCAGCUCUUCUUUAGAAGUCCCACAUCCUACAACUGACCGAUUUGGCAUGGAAUCUCCAGCCAAUACAGCAGUGACGGUUGAAACCUGCAAUAUCCUACAGCACACAACACCAACCACUGACCAUCAUUUGGCAGAUGCCGAGUCACCGGUUGAUGGAGAGCUGACCACCGAAAAUUGCAGUGACCAUUCAGAUCUUGCUCCAGCAAUUGUCACUGCUGACAUGGUGGUUCCUCCAGUGGUCAAGAAGAGUAGAUGUGUUGCCCAUGUCGUGGCAAUAGUUGAUGCAGCUGCUGAUGUUCCUCCAGCAAUCAGAAAGACCGGGCGCAUUCGCACGGAAACAACACGACGCACACAGGCCAACAACAUUGGCCAAAAUCAUAUGAAGCGAGCGAGGGCUGCUGGACCUGUCAUUGCAAGCGGGCCACCAAAAAAGUGCGAGUUUCUUUUUCUGUGUUUGCUUGCCUAA